AUGGCUGGUGGUUAUGUGUUUCAAGUGAACGAUUUGAAUCGUAUUCGACGAUUUUUGAUUUUGGGUACUGAAGGAGGUACGUACUAUGCGACUGAAAAGGAGUUGACAAUGGAUAAUGUGAAAGCAAUGUGCGAAAUUAUUGAGAAAGGCAAAGGACCAAUGCUUUUGCGUGAGAUCAUUCGCAUCUCACUGGAGGGUCGUGCACCCAAACAAGACCCAACUUUAUUCGCAUUGGCACUGUGCGCUCGUUACAAGGUGCGGGACACGACUCGACCAAGUAUUGCACGUCAGGUGAAACGGAAGUACCAAGGCAAAACGUUGACCCCUGAAGACUGC